UGUCGAAAAACGCUGCGAAAACUAACCAGGCAAAUAUGAAAACGUGGGUAGUGCAUUUUCUCCAUUACAGCAAGAGAAAUUGACUGGAUAAAGACACUCGAUUUAGUUAUAUGUGAAUGUAUUACGUUACGUGUGUUCGGUUAACUGUAUAAAGUGCUUGUGUUAUUUUAAUCAUGGCACUUUAUAUGAAAGCGGCAGAGAUUCUUGAGAAAGUGGAGCAGAAAAAGGGUGCUGUGAAAACUCUGGUUUAUGACAGUAAAUUUCAAAAUAUCAAGCAACUCUUUGCACUUGUGUGUGAAACACAGAAAUACUCAUCAGUUCUGCAGGAGAUCAUCAACAGCACCAAGCUUCUGAAAGAAACAAAACUCCGGAUCCAUUUAGCCAAAGUGCUGGUGUAUGACCUGCUCAUCGGCCGUGGGGUGAAAUGUGGAGGUGCCUGGAAGACCAUGAUGUUGAAGCAUCGCUCCAGAUUACAAUCUGCCCUGGCAAGAAUCAAAAUAAAAAAGAAAGUGAGUCGAAAUCAGGACCUGCUUCCCUCCGGUUUCCAGAAGGCUCAAGGUAAUAUAAUUCCUCGCUAUGUGCGAGUGAACACGCUGAAAACAACUCUUGAUGACGCCAUUGACUAUUUAAAAAGAGAGGGAUUUUCAUAUCAAGGAACAACAAUGCGGCUUGAGGAUCUUGAUCAUCUGUCUGGGAAAACAUUUCUGUGUGAUCUUCAUCUCAAAGAUCUUCUGGUUUUCAGUUCAAAAACAGACUUCCACAAUCACUUCCUUUAUAAGGCAGGACACAUUAUAUUGCAGGACAAGGCCAGCUGUCUUCCUGCUUUCCUCCUAAACCCUCCGGUUGGCAGUCACGUCAUCGAUGCCUGUGCAGCUCCAGGAAACAAAACCAGCCAUCUAGCUGCCAUAAUGAAAAAUAAAGGGAAGUUGUUUGCCUUCGAUCUUGAUGCCAAACGCCUGUCCACCAUGAGCACUCUUCUCCUUCGUGCUGGGGUCACAUGUCAUCAGCUGGCCAAUCAGGAUUUUCUGAAAGUAGAUCCACAGAGCUCAGAGUACAAGGAAGUCAAGUACAUCCUUCUGGACCCCUCCUGCAGUGGAUCAGGGAUGGUUUGUCUACGAGAUGAGGUCUCCGAGCCGCAGGAGGACGGGCGUCUGCAGGCGCUGGCUGCGUUUCAGCUGCACUGUCUCAACCACGCGCUGCAGUUUCCUCAGGUACAGCGCGUCGUCUAUUCCACCUGCUCCGUUCACACACAGGAGAACGAGGAGGUUGUGUCGGCCUGCUUACAGCACAACCCUGGAUUCAGACUUGUCCAUCUUCUUCCGAACUGGCACGAGAGGGGUCACAACCCUUUCACCCAGUGCCUUCGUGCGAGCACAGCAAAAACACGGACACAUGGCUUCUUUGUGGCCAUGCUGGAGAGACGUCCCCUACAGACAGAUGGACAGAACCUCCCAAUGAUCACAACAUUGCCAUUUGGUGGUGAGGAAAAGCAGAACACACCAAAAUCCAGUCCAUCCGACGAGGAACAAGAGACCUCGCAGAUUGCAAACGAACAACCUGCAAAUCCAAGCUCAAAGAAGAAAAGGAGAAACAGAAAGAAACACAAAAAGCAAGAACCCUGAAGUUAGAGGACUUUUAGUA